UGAAGAUUGGAGAUUUUUCUUUUUCCAAUCGUGCAGACCAAUCACAUUUUUUACUUAUCGUGUAUUUUAUUUGGCAAUGUAUGAUGGAUAGUAACAUUCUUAUAAAAGGGUAUGUAAGGCAACUCCUAUGACAUAUCCUUCAGACAGUUUUCUCCACUCCUGUCUCUUGAAUAGCAAAAACAUUGUACUACAAUGGCUUUCACUCGUUUCUACUUGGCAAUCUAUAUGGCUCUGUCAUCAGCAGUUAUUGCUUCUGCUAGUGUUAGUGGGUAUGGUCCAAAUCCGAACGUUGACAAACCAAGACUGGAAAAGGAGAAGCUACUCUCCUCGUUAGUUGGUAUUCAAGGCCUUAUUUACUGCAAAUCGGGCCCCAAACUCAUUCCUCUAGAAGGAGCUAUAGCAAGGAUCACAUGCCUUACAACUGAUGAAUAUGGACAUGAAGCAGCACCAUGGUCAAUCUUGAGUGGAGCGACAGAUGCAAAGGGCUACUUCUUAGCAACAUUAUCACCUUCUGAGGUUGAAGAUAAAAUGAAGAUUAAAGAGUGCAAGGCUUUCCUAGAAACAUCUCCAUCUUUGGAGACUUGCAAUGUUCCAACCGACAUCAACAAGGGGAUAACGGGCGCUCCUCUCGCUUCUUACAACUUCUUGACUCACAAGAAUAUGAAACUGUUCACAGUGGGACCUUUCUUCUACACCACCAACCCUAAACCUGUCUCUAAUGGUUACUGAUUCAUUUUUUUCUCAUGGCUGAUUUAAUGCGUUGAUUUAUCUUUUUCUUUUUGUUCUUGGAUUGAA